AUGGCAGAGUACAGGGAGCUGGCGGAGCCUCACCCGCGUUGGGUCAACUUUCCCAACAACCUUCCGCCUGGCACGAAAGUCGACAGCAUGACCAGAGACCAUCUGCCCAUUGCACCACAGGACGGUCUGAUCAUUGACGAGCUGGACGAUGUCAAAUCUGACUCGGAGACCAUCACUCUCCGCCGGUACAGAUCAACGAAAGCCGGUGGUCCGCUACCACUCCUGCUGUAUAUUCACGGCGGAGGCUUCGUGACUGGAGGCUUGGAGACCGAUGAUUAUAUGUGUAGAGAGAUCGUACUGCAUGUCCCAGUGCUUGUUCUGAGCGUCAAGUAUCGACUGGCGCCUGAGCAUCCAUUCCCGGGUGGAUUCUUGGACUGCUUGGAGGUUGUUAAAUGGGUCACAUCUCAGCAAGGCCAGGAAAAGACCAACGCAGACUUGUCGAAGGGCUUCGUCGUAGGGGGCACCUCAGCAGGCGGAAACUUCACAGCGGGCCUAGCCCACGCCAUGCUCGAACAAAACAUCACACCCCAACCCACCGGCCUUCUCUUCAUGGCCUCCAGCUUCUGCCACCCCGACGUCCGCGCACCCCAAUACCUCUCGCAAAUCCUCAGCGUAGACGAAGUCGACAAUGCCCCCGGCCUCACCGUGAAAUCCAUCAAAUACUUCGCAGAGAAAUACGGUGCUCCACCAGACGAUAAACGCUACUCCCCUCUGCUGUACACUUCGCGGAAAGGGCUAGCGAAGAAGGUGUUCUUUCAGAUUUGUGGAUGGGAUCCGAGGAGGGAUGAGGCGAUUCUUUAUCGGGCGUUGUUGGAGGCUGAGGGAAUUGAGGCGAGAGAGAAGAUUUAUAGGGGCUUGCCACACGGGUUUUGGACGACUUGCCCGGAACUGAAGGAGUCGAGGGAUGCAAUUGGGGAUACGGUGGAGGGGGUGAGGUGGUUGCUUUCUUGA